AUGUUAACAAUUGGCUAUGAUCAGAGGUUGGAUCUGUGUAAACUUGGGCCAAAUGACAAUGAUACAGUAAGAGGGCAGAUAGUAGUAAGUCUUCAGUCCAGAGACCGAAUAGGCACAGGAGGACAAGUUGUGGACUGCAGUCGUUUGUUUGAUAAUGAUUUACCAGACGGCUGGGAAGAAAGGCGAACCGCCUCUGGAAGAAUCCAGUAUCUAAACCACAUUACAAGAACUACACAAUGGGAACGCCCAACACGACCGGCAUCUGAAUAUUCUAGUCCUGGCAGACCUCUUAGCUGCCUUGUUGAUGAGAACACUCCAAUUAGUGGAACAAAUGGUGCAACAUGCGGACAGUCUUCGGAUCCCAGACUGGCGGAGAGGAGAGUCAGGUCACAACGGCAUAGAAAUUACAUGAGCAGGACACAUUUACAUACUCCUCCAGACCUACCAGAAGGCUAUGAACAGAGGACAACGCAACAAGGUCAGGUGUAUUUCUUACAUACUCAGACUGGUGUGAGCACAUGGCAUGAUCCAAGAGUGCCUAGGGAUCUUAGCAACAUCAAUUGUGAAGAGCUUGGUCCAUUGCCUCCUGGAUGGGAGAUCCGUAAUACCGCAACAGGCAGAGUUUAUUUCGUUGACCAUAACAACAGAACAACACAAUUUACAGAUCCUCGGCUCUCUGCUAACUUGCAUUUAGUUUUAAAUCGGCAGAACCAAUUGAAAGACCAACAGCAACAGCAAGUGGUGUCAUUAUGCCCUGAUGACACAGAGUGUCUGACAGUUCCAAGGUACAAGCGAGACCUGGUUCAGAAACUAAAAAUUUUGCGGCAAGAGCUUUCCCAACAACAGCCUCAGGCUGGCCACUGCCGCAUUGAGGUUUCCAGGGAAGAGAUUUUUGAGGAAUCAUAUCGACAGGUCAUGAAAAUGAGACCAAAAGAUCUCUGGAAGCGAUUAAUGAUAAAAUUUCGCGGAGAAGAAGGCCUUGACUAUGGAGGGGUUGCCAGGGAAUGGUUAUAUCUCUUGUCACAUGAAAUGUUGAAUCCAUACUAUGGCCUCUUCCAGUAUUCAAGAGAUGAUAUCUAUACAUUGCAGAUAAAUCCUGAUUCUGCAGUUAAUCCGGAACAUUUAUCAUAUUUCCACUUUGUUGGACGAAUAAUGGGAAUGGCUGUGUUUCAUGGACAUUAUAUUGAUGGUGGUUUCACGUUGCCUUUUUAUAAACAGUUGCUUGGGAAGUCGAUUACUUUGGAUGAUAUGGAGUUAGUUGAUCCAGACCUUCAUAACAGUUUAGUGUGGAUACUUGAGAAUGACAUUACAGGUGUUUUGGACCAUACCUUUUGUGUUGAACAUAAUGCAUAUGGUGAAAUUAUUCAGCAUGAACUUAAACCAAAUGGCAAAAGUAUCCCUGUUACUGAAGAAAAUAAAAAAGAAUAUGUCAGAUUUCAUGUCUUAUAUCUUAUUAUUUGUGGACUUGGAAAGAUAGAUGUCAAUGACUGGAAGGUAAACACCCGGUUAAAACACUGUACGCCAGACAGCAAUGUGGUCAAGUGGUUCUGGAAAGCUGUGGAGUUUUUUGAUGAAGAGCGACGAGCACGAUUACUUCAGUUUGUGACAGGAUCCUCUAGAGUGCCUCUGCAGGGCUUCAAAGCCUUACAAGGUGCUGCAGGCCCACGGCUCUUCACCAUACACCAGAUUGACGCCUGCACCAACAACCUGCCGAAAGCCCAUACUUGCUUCAAUCGAAUAGACAUUCCGCCCUAUGAAAGCUAUGAAAAGCUGUAUGAAAAGCUGCUAACAGCCAUUGAAGAAACAUGUGGAUUCGCUGUGGAAUGACGGGCUUCAAAGAUCCACCUGGGACUCUAUUUAUACCCCUGACUGACAGCCUCCUUCAGCAGAGUUCCAAAGAAUGCUGAAAUACAGGAACACCCCCCCCCCUUUUAAUUUUAGGACACUGUGAGGGGAAAGGACAAUUUUGAAAUUCCUUUUCAAGGAAAAAAGGUCUUUAUGCUUUGCCAUGAGGCCACAUUCAGCUGCUAUUUAAAAUUAAUAUCUUGAACCUAAAGAAUGCUGACUUUUCCUGCAUUUCCAGAGUUAGGCAGUAUUCUACACUUAAAGACUACUACUAUUUUUAUAAAAGGUAAUCUAUUCAAAUCGCUUCACCGAUUUCAAGUCUCUCAAACAUCAAGACAACUUCAGCAGUCGGUACAAGUCACAUUUCAUUUUGAUUGAAUACAUGAUUUUGAACAGCUCCUGUACUUGCUCUUUGUAAUAAAAUAAAAUAAAUAAAAUUACUUUGAAUUAUUCUACCUUUGUAAA